AUGCAAACCUCUGAGAGAGCUAUGGAGAGAAACCUAACUGCAGUGACAGAGUUUAUCUUUCUGGGCUUCUCAGACCUCCAGGAUCUGCAACCCCUUCUCUUUGUCCUACUCUUACUCAUCUACCUCAUCACCCUGAUCGGAAAUGGCCUCAUAAUCACUGUCACAGUGGCUGACCUGGCCCUCCACACCCCCAUGUAUUUCUUCCUCAGGAACUUGUCAGUCUUGGAGAUCUGCUACACCUCGGUCAUCAUCCCUAAGACCUUGACCAACCUGCUGUCAGAGCGGCAGACUAUCUCUUUCCUAGGCUGUGUAGUGCAGAUGUACUUCUUCAUUUUCUUUGGCAGCACAGAGUGUGGUCUGCUGGCCAUUAUGUCCUAUGACCGGUACGUCGCUAUAUGCAACCCCAUGCGUUACUCACUCAUCAUGAACAGAAAGGUUACCCUUAGCUUGGCAGCUGCAGUGUGGAUUGCCGGCAGCAUGGUGGCAUGUGAGCAAACUGUGGCCAUAUUCACCUUACCCUUCUGCAGGUCAAAUAAAAUCAAUCAUUUCUUCUGCGACGUCCUCCCAAUACUUCGAUUGGUGAGCACUGACACAUCCUUCAUCAAGGCCAUUCUUGCCUUCCUCACUGUGGUAGUCAUAGUCCUCCCCUUCCUCUUGAUCAUCGCCUCCUACACCAGCAUCAUCCACACAAUCCUGAAGAUGCACUCAGGUGAAGGGAGACGCAAAGCCUUCUCCACCUGCUCCUCACACCUGAUCACAGUCACCUUGUUCUAUGGCAGCACCUUCGUCACCUACAUGAGGCCCAGUUCCAAUGGCUCUGUGGACAUCGAUCGAGCAAUUUCCCUCUUCUAUACGAUCAUCACUCCGACAUUCAACCCCAUCAUAUACAGCCUGAGGAACAAAGAAGUGAAGGAAGCUCUGAGGAAACUCUUGGGCAGGAGUAGGAUUUCUUUGUUUUCAUAA